AAGAUUUUUUAAGCGCACGAUCUACAUUGAUUAUCGGAUUUUGGCCUGGCCGCUGUUUGACACGUCGGUUCGGUUUACAUCUGUCAUCAUAUGGUAACGUUUUGUGACUCAGAAAUGGUGAAGCUGGCGCAAGACUGACCAGUUGACAUUAUUUUCAUAUAUAUACAGACAAAUUAGAGACAAUGGAGUCGCUGUAUCACCAGACAAAUAAGUUAAUCCAGGAAGUGCAAGGCGAUCUCGGGAAGGUGGAGAGGACUGUCGGAGAUCAUGUUCAUUUGAUAGAGAACGAGAUUCAGGCUCGGAUAGAUCACAUUGUCAGCAACUGUGAACGUUUAGAGAUCCUGGUAAACAAAGAGCCACCAACUCGCCGUGCUCACGCAAAAAUGAGAGUUGACCAACUAAAGUACGACUGCCAGCACAUACAGGCCGCCCUUAGACAGAUUCAACACAAACGGUAUGUAAAGGAGGAAGAGGAGCGAGAGAGAGAAGCACUUCUCACCCGUACUUUUACCACUAACGACCAAGACCGUGACACAUCUAUUCAGAUUGAUGCCGGCAUGGCCCACAAUGAACGACUACAGAAUUCACAUCGUGACAUGGACAACCUGUUAGGCUCUGGAAACAGCAUCAUUGACAAUCUGCGUGAUCAGCGGGUUACUCUGAAGGGUGCUCACAAAAAGAUGCUGGACGUCGCCAAUGUACUAGGACUUAGUAAUACAGUGAUGAGACUUAUAGAGAAACGCUCCUAUCAGGACAAAUACAUUCUCUUCGGAGGCAUGGUGGUCACAUGUGUUAUCAUGUAUCUUGUAUGGAGUUAUCUAACCUGAUCUGCAGCUCCAGUAGGAUUUGCAUUGUUAAUUUUGUUGUAAAGACCUGUUUAAGCAUUAAUUCAAAAUCAUUCGAUGAGCAUGGCAUGCAUUUCAUGCAAAAAAGUUUAUUUAGAAAUUCAUGUGUUCUGUAAAAUGUAAAUGGUCAGUAAAAGAUUCUUGGGGAUCUUUCAUAAUAAGUCAUGAUUAUAAUUCUUACUUAUAAUAAUUGAAAUUCAUCGCAAUAGUUCCUACAGAAAUGUCCUAUUGUUUUAGUGUUAGACCAGUACGAAAAUGGUACAGGUAUAAUGCUGUCAAAUUUAAUAUUACUUAGAUUCCAUGUUUGUCAGAAUUCUCUUAUAGAACACAUUUUUCGAGUCUGGUGUGAUAAAGUAAGCUAAAACACUGGUAUAGUUGGUAAUAGUCUACUUCAUUCAUUCAUUGGUCUUUAAUUGCAAAAUAAGUUUGUGAGAUAAACAAACGUCAUACAUAAUCGUAUACUAUGGCAUUGAAUUGGUGUGUAACCUUAUUCAUAUCUUGUUACUCUAGUUGUCCAUCCUACUGGCUAUAUCAUCUCUUUGUGUCCUUUCCUAACUCAGCUUGUUGGUGUCAUAUAUAUGUCAUGUUUUCCUUUUACUUGAGUCACUAAGUUGGAAAUUUUUAUAUCCAUCUUUAAUCCAAGUUUUAUAUAAUUCUUGUUUCCCUGAAGAUGAUUGAAUUAUCUUCGUGAUACUUUGUACAAGUAACAUUAAACAUAAGCUUGAAAGUUGAAAAUCAAUCUCUUGAAAGUUGAAAAACAGAGUCGUUCAUCCUGCUGACUAUUCCAUUUCUGUGUGUACUGUCCACGCUAAGCUUGUUGGUGUAAAAGUUGUUUUCUGACUUGGGUUUGCAAUAUGACCCUCUCAUCCCAAACUUUGUCUUUUUUUGUAAGUUAAAUUUCUACUUCGAUUAAUUGUAAUGGCCUCUAAUGGUGGUAACUAAGUGGUGUAUGUUCCUUGCCUUGUCACUUAAUUGAUGUGAAACCCGGUAUAUUUGUCCAGCUUCACGUUUACCAGUACGUAUAUACUUUGGCGGGCUCCAUCAAUGCUUUCACUGCCAUGACAACAUGUCUUUCUGAUGUAAGUGCAUAUAUUGUCCUGAUUACAACAUGCUUCUGCAUAGGUUGGAGUUUAUUCCCAGAGGCCUUAUUAAUCCUCAAUACUUCAGUGGUUAUGCUCACGUAUGUAAUCUGCAUCCCUGGAAUAUGUCAUGACAAAAUUGAAGGCACACAAUUAACUAUUAGGUAAAAAAAAUAUGCCUGGCUGAUACCUGUCCUUUGAAGAUUACAGACUGGAGUAUUGAAGAUGAGAGGUCUUAGUCUCAUGUUUAUUGGAUCAACUUUUGUAAUGCUCUUUUUGUCACACUAGACUUCAAUUCUCAGAGUUGUUUUUCGUGUCAUUUUUCAUUGGAACAGGAGACAUAACAUUUUGUAACAAAUAUUACAAUUUAAGUUGUAAGUUUUUACGUUGAUUUAUAAACUGCCACAGAACACACAAGUUUUGUCUGAAAAUAGAUGAUUGAUUGAGAAAGAUUAAAUGAUGGCGCUAUUAGGUGACCCCAUACCUUUUCACAUCCAAUCGUGGAAUCCAACCCCAGCCGUCUUGGUGAAAGACGAGUCUGUUAUUCACUGCUCAACCCAACCAACUAGUCUAUGAUUCAAUUGUAUUGAAUUUAAGAAAAUAUGUUCUGAACCUAAAGUAAACAUGCAUUUUUGCACUGUUCAGUGCAGGUUGAUAUUACAACGGCACGGUAGUCCAGUGGUAGGAUGCCGGGGCUCGUGACCGAAAGGUUGUGGGUUCGAG